CACUUGGUUAACUGUACCAAGGCAGUGGUGCAUUCUCGACUGUAGAUUGAAACACAAGUGGAGGAUGUUGCAGACCGCUCUACCCCUCCCACACCGCCUGUGUCCAGACCCAGCUCCUCUCCGCUGCAUCUGAGUGAUGAGAGACCGUGCAGUCUGAACACACCCUACCCUCAGACGGGACACACCUGGGGAGAGGUCAUAUCAGAGCGGGAAUUAAAUCGACAUGGCACGUUUAAACAGACAACAGUGAUAUUUCUGCGGUCUGCGUGGAAGAAAAUACUGGAAUGACCUGUGCGCCGAGGAAAACAAUGACGGACGACGUAAAUAUUUACAUGCCCUUGUUCACAGCAGUACUGCUCGCCGUCGACUAAACUCACACGGAAACCUACAUCGUGUGUGUAUGAGAGACUGCGGAGGAACUGCGAUGUUUAUACGUACAAACAACGACUGAGAUAAAAACACAGACGGGAAACGAACCACCCUGCCGUAAGAUCGUGCUAGGAUUCUGUUGAACCGGACGGUGAGAGUUAGUUUCUGGAGGUUUGCGGGACUGUCAUGCCGCAGGCUUCAUCAGAUCUAUUCCCCACCUGAGGGAAUCGAGGAUUACUGGUGUAUCGGCAGAAAAUAUUAAUUAUGACAUAACUGGACUGAAAUACAAGAAGUUUGGAAUGAAACACGUAGUGUUUUAAAUGUUUUGCCGCCUUGUAAAAUUCCAAAAUAAUUUUGUGCGUGCAAACGGAGGAUUCUAAAGAAUAAACAACUGACGAGUCAGCUGUGAAUUAUAUAAAAUUUCAACGUUUUGUAAACUUCAGUUUUGUUUGGAAAUUGGAUGAGAAAUGUACGCAGUGGAGUCAACUUUUUAAGUAAUUUUAUGAGCGUGAUCAUAUCGCGGAACUCAAACGGUCGUUUUGCGCUCCUUGUUCGGUUAAAGACGUUUUAAACAGAACAAAACUAUGUUUGUGAGAUAUUUGUGAUGUGUUUAAACACGAUAAUGUGAUAAAUAACGACAAUACAGUGUUUUAUUGAUGCACCGCCCGAUACAAACAUCGAUUAGCAGCUGUUGCUAUGGUUACUUACGCAGAAGCGAUUUCUGUUCGCGUCCGUAAAUUUUGUAUGAACUGAAACGUUAUUCGCACGCUUCUGAAACAUAAAUGAUUAUGUUUAAAUACAUUUCUAAGAUUCAUGCCUUAAUUAGAGGGUCGUACACCCCCCAAACAUCCCCCAUAUUUCACACCCUUUGAAUGAGCACUUUGUGAAAAAGAUUUUACUGAAAUGCCAUUCGAUGCAAGUUCUUGUAAUUUUAAUAUAUAAAUUCACAUCUUAAUGUAAUUCCGAUUAGAGAUGGCAGGUGGAAGGUGAGCAGAAGGACUUUUAAAACACUGUUCUCCAAUAAACUUAAUAGGAACACUAAGGCUUAUUUCUUAUUUUCAUUUGUUUCUUAAAAAUUUUAAUCCACGUUCAAAUUAAAAGACUUUUAAUAGUUAAAUGUGAGUUCAUUUUGAAAGUAUGUCCAGUCUGAAGGCCCUUUUCCAGACUGAGACUCUAUAACCAAACAUGGGAGCGAAGCAAACGAAGGCCACGGGACAGGAGGCAGGAGCGAGUCCUCAGAGCACAGGAUGGAAACGGACCCCGACGAAAGAGCGAGGAGACAUCCUUACUUCCAUCAUGUUGAGGUCAGGAGACAAACUGAGGAGCGGCGGGACUCCUCCACCCUACCAGCGGCGCAUCGGGAUGAUACAAGAGAUGAUGCUGAUGGCAAAGCAGGGGAAACACGACGAGGCGACAGAGAUGCUGAAGACUCUCCGGCAGGAUCUGGGAAUGGAGUCAACCUCUCUGGACGAUGUUCUCUACCGCUAUGCCAGUUUCCGUAACCUGGUGGAUCCCAUUACCCAUGACCUCAUUAUCAGCCUGGCCAAAUAUAUUCACUGCCCAAAGACGGAGGGAGAUGCUUUGGGUGCCAUGGAGAAGGUGUGCCGUCAGCUGACCUAUCACCUGAGCCCACACACCCAGUGGAGACGGCAGGGGCUGCUGAAGAGGAAGCCACAGGCCUGUCUGAAGUCAGUUCUUUCAAGCCCUCCCUCCAGUGGGACGUUAGAUCUGUCUGGCAUCCCUCUUGGAGUGAAAGACAUGGAGCGUCUCUGUGCCUACCUGCAUCACCACGCGUCCCGCAUCGGCAGCCUUGAGCUGGGCUUCACCGAGCUCACAGACGAUGCCUUCCUUCUGCUCCUCCCUACGCUGACGUCUCUUCCCCGCCUUGAGACUAUGGCCCUCAAUGGCAACAGGCUGACCCGUGCCGUGCUCAAAGAGCUCACAGACAUACUGAAAGACCCAGACAGCUUCCCCAGCGUCACCUGGAUCGACCUGGGGAACAAUGUGGACAUUUUCUCCCUCCCUCAACCAUUUCUGUUGAGCCUGCGCAAGCGCUGCCCCAAACAGGGCAACCUUCCCACCAUCCUUGAGUUCGGCGAGAGUCAGGCUAGCGAGCCGGAGGGCCGAGUGGAUGAGGACGAAGCAGAUGAUAUAAACAGGACUGAGAGUAUGGGAGAACUCAGAUCUGAGGUAGAAGAAGCGAUUGAUGGUGAGAUGGAGAUCGAGGACAUGAUGGAGGAGUUGCUUGACUUUGACAGGGAGGUGCAAGGCAAGGAGGAUGAAGACGACAGUAUGUGGACCUUGGAGGAGCAGCGGCUGGUAAAAGAUCCAGUUGCAAAGCGGAGCAAAGAGAAAAGGCCAUCCAAAGCAGAGGGCGAAGAGGACUUACAAAGCGAGUCUUCCCAUCUGUCCUGCUCCAGCCAGUCACAGCACUCUUCUGGAGCCAUCGAGCCUCUAAGACAAGAUUCUGUCCCAGACCAAUUAGCGUGUCAUUCGAACAACCCUACCUGAUUGAAGCCACUGUCUAAUUUGAUUAGAUGCUGGUCCCUUUAAGAAAAAAAGAAAGCGUGACAGGCUUGUUUUCAGACUGGGUUGUCCAUGAAGACAUGAUAAGGUUUUAUAGGGUUGGCACUCACAGCAGUUGUCUGUUGCUGCAAAGGAGAAAUUAAUCACUUGUGAGGUAAAAAAAAAAAAAUCAAAUAUAGCUUCUGAUUCAGGUUUUUCCCUUCACUGUCAUGAUCCAGUCGCAAAGCAAAUAGCAGAGGUUGAAGAGGAUGUCCAAAGCCAGUCAUCCUCCACCCCUUCACAGCAUGCUUCUGGACCCUUUAAGAAAAGAUUCUGUCCUAGACCAGUUAGCAUGUCAUUCAGACAACCCGACCUGAUUGAAAACACUAAGAGUCUAUAACCUUCAUCCCUUUAAGAAAAAAGAGAAUGGGUUGUUUUCAGACUGACUUACCUAUGAACUCAUGGGAUUCAGCAGGUUUAAUAGGGUUGAUGGCUGCUGCCUGUUUUUGCAAAGAAAAAAAUAUUAUAAAAAAUAUCAAACAUUCCCUCUUAUUCAGGUUUUCUUAUUCAGUGUCUUAAAAAUGUUUAAUAUAAAGUCACAAAGUGGAGCAAAGAGAAGGCGGCAUCCCAAUCCAGUCUUCCCAUCUGUCUUGCUCCAACCAGUCACAGCACUCCUCUGGACCCAUCGAACCUUUAAAAGAAGUCCUUCUCCCAAAACAGUUAGCAUGUCAUUCAGAGAACGCUGCUUGAUGGAAGCCACUGUCUAAUUUAAUUAGUGUCUGUAAACUUCAUCCCUUUAAGAAAAAGAGAAAGCAUGACGGGCUUAUUUUCAGACAGGAGGAGUCAUGGGAUUCAGCAGUUUUUAUAGGUUUGACAAUCACAGUUGUCUGUUGUUGCAAAGGAGAAAUGAUCACUUGUGAGGUACAAAAAUAUCAAAUAUACAUUCAGGUUUUCCCCAGCACUGUCAUAACCAUGAACCUCUCUGUGCCUAUGUGUCUGUUCAAACCCUGCUGAAAGGAACAUUGUGUGUGUGUGUGUGUGUGUGUGUGUGUACACAGCAAAAUCCCCAGAGUUAAACCAACUCUGCUCAGAGAACAUAUUGUCCCAGUCUACAGCGUUAAAGGGUUAGUUCACCCAAAAAUGAAAAUUAAGCUAUAAAUUACUCACCCUGAAGUCAUGCUAGGUGUAUAUGACUUUCAUCUUUCAGACUAACCCAGUUGGAGUUAUUUAAAAAGAUUGUCUUUGAUCGUUCUAGCUGUUUGAUGGCAUUCAGCAGGUGUUGCACUGCAUCGGUCCAUGAGAAGUUUAAUAAAAAGCAAAUCCGUAAAAAAAAAAGUGUCUCACACUGCUCCGGGGGGUGAACAAAGGCUACCUAUAGCCAAUCGAUGCAUUUGUGUAAGAAAAAUAUCCUUAUUCAAAAUGUAAUAAUCACUUAAAUCUAGCUUGUGCUCAGUUGUAAACGAAGCAGUUCCGGGCGGAUGAUGUAUGAGGUCAGCUCUGCGCAUGCGCCGCUCAGAAGUGACGCAGCGGAGAGAUCAAAACAAAACAACUGUCAUUUAUUAGAAGUACAAAACAAGGAUUUGUAAAGAAGAAUGUCAGAGGAUUUCCAUAUAAGCCAGGGGUGGGGAACGUUGAUCCUGGAGGGCCUGUGUCCCUGCAGAGUUUAGCUCCAACCCUCAUCAAACACACCUGAACAAGCUAAUCAAGGUCUUCAUGAUACAGGUAGGUUUUUUUUCAGGGUUGGAGCUAAACUCUGCAGGGACACAGGCCCUCCAGGAUCAAUGUUCCCCACCCCUGAUAUAACAUUUGCUUCCUUUGUUCCUGUUAACAAAGGUUGGUUUUCACGAGACUCACCGGCGAAUGCGCAACACUGACCUCAUACGUCAUCCUCCUGGAACUGCUACCAUUUACAACAGUGAGCGCAAGCUAGUUCAAAGUGAUUAUAACAUUUUGAAUAUGGAUAUUUUUCUUACAAAAACGCAUUGAUUCGCUACAGGAGGCAUUUGUUCCCCUCCCAGAGCCUUGUGAUUAGCUUUUUAUUAAAAUGAUCUUGGACUGAUGCAGUAAAACACCUGCUGAGUAGCAUCAAACAGCUUGAAGGAUCAAAGACAAUUUUUUAAAUAUCUCCAACUGGAUUCUUAUGAAAGAAGAAAGUCAUAUACAACGAGGAUGACUUCAAGGUGUGUGAUUUAUGGCCUAAUUUUCAUUUUAUGUUGAAGUAACCCUUUAAAGUCACACUGAAGCAGAGUUACCACUUUUGAGGAUUAUGUGAUGCAUUUUUAUGUCUAAAAGCCUGAGCAGUAGUUGUUCAUCUUUAACAUUGUUAACAGCGGGUUUUCUUUACAAAUACUCACUCAUCGAUUAAAUAAUUGCUUAAUUAUCCCAUUAACUUUAACUCGGCUUCAGUGUUACUUUAACACUGUAGAUUGGGACAAUAUGUACUCCGAGCAAUGUUCAUUUAACUCUGGGUGCACAUUUAAAUCAGUUAAACAUGCUGGAUAUAAGCAGAUUGGCUUGGCCCAUGAAUUGGUGUGUCCAUCUAUGCAUCUGAAUGUCGCAAGCAUCAUGUUCUCAAGGAAAACAACCUAACUUCUAUUUAGUAUCGUCCAAUUAAUAUGCAUGUCCCAGGUGUCAGGUGGAUGGGACGCAGAUGAUAUCAUAUUAAGUGCCCCUAAUUUAUAAAGUGGAAAACCAAAAUGUCUUGUCACACUGUUGGCCCAAAAAAUGUUUGUUUGAUACAGAGAAGCGGGACUGAAGCCAAAGAGAAAAGACUCUAUUCACGGAAAAAAAGAAAGUGUUGUUUGGUUAUAUGAUAGUAUAUAAUACUGUUAUUCUGUUGUUGCUGCUUGACAUGGAUUUGGAAGACAAUGUAAGGUUUCUUAGCUCAUUUCUUUAGAAUAGAUCCUUUAAAGAAAAAUUAUAUAAAGGUUCCAUUUCUAUCCAUCCACUGUUAUUAAAUUAUAAAGGUAUUUCAUAGUAUAAACAUCUAUUUAGUGCCUAAUUAUAUUAAAUUAUUCAAAUGUAAUUCAAACUAGUUCUUAUAUGCCAGUAAAUGAAAUUAUUGUUAUAAUGACAGUGUAUAUUAAUUAGACAGAUUUGUCUUAAUGGAAAACAUGAUUUAAAAUUACUUAAUUGAGAAUUAGGAUUUAUUAUAUCCAUUUAUACUGUACUACUUUGUAUAUUAUCAUAAUAUGCUUACAUGCAAAAUCGUGUUCAGUGUUUUUAAGUAGAAUUAUCUUCCUCCCCAAAUGAUGGUUUAUAAAAAUUAAUUCAUUAGGCCUAAUUGCUUCUGUAAUAAAUUUAACCAAUAUAUUGCAGAUUAUUGUUUCAUUUUAUGGUCACCAGGUAGCCUCAAAAUCUCCUGCUGUUUUUCAAAGCCAUACUUCUAAGUACAGAAAGGGAAUUAUAUAUUGAUAAAAGUGCACUGAAGAGCUGUGAUCAAUUAAUUUUGUCUGUCUUUCUGUAUUCCCACAAUGGUUAAUAAAGAAAGGACAAUGCUAGGGAUGACAAGGGACAGCAAUAUGUGUAUGUGAUUACCUGUAAACAAAAUGUAUUUGACUGUUGGCAUCGAAAUCAAUAAACCUUUAACAAACAUACAA